AGGUGCCCCCUGCAGUAAAGGGAGAGGUAUCAGGGUCUCCCCCCACAGGUGCCCCCUGCAUUAAGGGGAGAGGUAUCAGGAUCCCCUGCCCCUCAGGUGGGCACCUGUUUUUCCAUCUGCCUCAGCCCAGACACCCCCUCACACACAGUCACACCAACUCUAUGCAAGCUGGGGAUGGGUUUAAAGUUGUGCCCGAAGCCACAGCAAGUGCAGCCUUGCAGCUCCUGUGCCCGGUCGUGGGUCCAGGCCCUUCUAACGCUCUCCCCUGUCCUUUCAGCCUGGCCGCCAUGGACGCCUUGUACAGCCGCGGAGUCCUGUUUGCCGAGAUGCUGCAGACCGGGCCGCCCUGGCUGGAGCGGUUCUGGCUUUCGAUGACCUUCCUGGCCGAUCCCAAAUGUAUCUUCGUCGUCUUCUUCCCCCUGGCUUAUUUUCUGGACCGGAAGGUUGGGGUGGCAGUGCUGUGGAUCGGUUUAGUCUCCGAGUGGCUCAAUGUAGUGGCUAAAUGGCUCUUGUUUGGUGAACGGCCAUUCUGGUGGGUCUAUGAAUCUGGAUUCUCCAGCACGGAAAAAGUCCUGCUUCGCCAGUUCCCUGUCUCCUGUGAAACAGGGCCAGGUAGCCCCUCUGGCCAUUGCAUGAUCACAGGGGCAGCCUUGUGGCCUAUCGUCACUGCUCUCACGGCGUUGGCAUCCCGACACUCCACUAGCCGGCUGGUGAAGCUAACCCCCUUCCUGGCCUACUUUCUCCUCCUGCUGGCUGUGGGGCUCUCGCGCAUCUUCAUCCUGGCGCACUUCCCCCACCAGGUGCUGGGUGGCAUUGUGGCUGGAGCCGCCUUAGGCUGGAUGCUGGAGGCCUGCGUCCCAGCAGAGAGGAAGCUGAGUUUCUACCUUGCCACUUCGCUGGCCCUGCUGCUGAGUGCCAUUGGGCUGUACUGGAGCAUGGUCGCUCUUGGCGUGGACAUCGACUGGAGUCCCCACCCUUCCUCUGGGUGCCACACAGCCGAUUCUACAGUCAUUCCAGCUGAGAGGCAGAAUUGCCCAAGAGAGAACGUGCCCAGGGACCGGGAUAACACCCACACUCUUGGAAAGUGCCUUGGGGAGCGGCGACAAGGGGGCCCUGGCCAGGCGCACCACCAGUCAAUUCACCUGGCCACUAAGUGGUGCCUGAAGCCGGAGUGGAUCCACAUAGAGACGAGGCCCUUCUCGUCGCUGUGCCGAGACACAGCCUCUGUCGUGGGCCUGGGCCUGGCCACCCACUCCUCCUUCUAUGCCCAGCUGAGGCACGAGAGACCCGGCUGGAAGCAGCAAGCCGUGGGCGCUGGCCUGGCCCUCGCUGCCCUUCAGGGCCUGAACGAUGUGGUGCAGCCGGAGAACAUCGUCCUGUGGUACGGCCUGAACUUUCUGAAAUACGCCAGCUUCCCGUGGGUGGUGGUGGCGCUUGUUCCGUGGCUGGUCCGGUUGCUCCCUCUCACGCAGAGCCGGCCACACUCCAAGUAGCACGUCCAGUGCAUCAGUGAGCCAGAGAGACGGCGGGUCACUCACCCUAGGGGGAGUGGCUGGAACUACCCGCAUAUCCCUAAACUAAAUCUCCUAGCAAGUGGCAGCAUCUGUCCACCCAGCUUCCAACGUCACUAGAUGCAACCCAGGCCAAAUUCUGUUCUCCCGUCUGCUGGUCCAGCCCCCUGCGUGUCAGUGCAUGAGAGCAGCUGGCUCUGGGCUAGAGGAGGAUUGCACUGGCUAGAACGCCUUGCUGGAAAGCAGUUACUUAGCCCUGCUUUGGCUAACGCAGGUUCUCCUCUGGCUUAGACAGGGGGCCUCACGCUAGAAGGAUCCAAAUAAACCAGUGAUUUGGAUCUGUCCCCUUGAGCAUUAGCACCAAGGAGGUUUAGCUGUGCUGGGAGCAAGGGCUCUGGGGUAAGCUCCAAACACAAGACAGGGUGUUGCAAGGUGGGCUGUUUGGAGGACCAGCUGGCCCCCUGUGGCUCCAACAUUGGUAGCUUCCUGUCUGGACUGCAGAGAAACUGUUCUGGCUGGUACUGAAGACCUUGUCCUGGGCAUCACGCCAUCCCAAUGCUUGGGACAGUUGUGUGUGGAUGCUGUGGAUGCAUCUGCACUAAAAAAUGCGGUACUCUAUUCUCCAGCUGCACAGCUACUACUAUAGGCUCAGAGAAAUGUGGGGCUGGAAGGGACCUCAAGAGGUCAUCUAGGCCAGUAUUUCUCAGCCUUUUUGAUAUCAGGGACCAUCUUGUUGCCUUCCUAAAGGCAUGGAGCUCUCAGGGACCGGGCAUUGAGAAACACUGAUUCUAGUCCAGCCAGCUGUGCUCAGAGAGGACCAAGUACAUCUAGACCAUCUCUGACAGGCGUUUGUCCAACCUGUUCUUAAAAACCUCCAGUGACGGGUGCCCCACAACCUCCCUUGGAAGCCUGUUCCAGAGCUUCACUACCCUGGGAGUUAGAAAGCUUUGCCUAAUAUCUAACCAUCUCCCUGGCUGCAGAUCAAGCCCAUCUCUUCUUUUCCUAUCUUCAGUGGACAUGGAGAACAAUGGAUCCCCGUCCUCUUUGUAACAGGCCUUAACAUAUUUGAAGACUGUUAUCAGGUCUCCCCUCAGUCUUCUUUUCUCAAGCCUGAACUUCCCCAGUUUGGUUUUUUUUUCACCUUUCCUCACAGGGCAGGCUUUCUAACCUUUGAUUGUUUUUGUUGUUCUCCUCUGGAUUCUGUCGUGUUUGACCACAUCUUUCUUAACGUGCGGCACCCGAAACGGGAUGCAGCGCUCCAGCCGAGACCUCGGCAGUGCUGAGCAGAGCAGGACAGUUAUUCCCCGUGUCUUACAUACGACAAUCCUUACUUUUACUGCAGCCCAGAAUA